UGUUGGCUGCUGCUGAGUGUGCAGGCCUGAUGUGCAUUCUGCACUAAAUGAGGGGCCCUGUCCUAUAAAACACUGGACAAGGGCUUGGCCACCACAUUGAUUAUACUGGAUCUGUCCCACCUCAGUACAGAGUGCGGUGAUCGACAGCAACCAUGAAUCCACAGGAGCAAUUGGAGCAGAGGGGGAAGUUUCGGAUGACAGUGUUCGAGGAGGAAUACUUCCAGGGCAAGAGCUGUGAAUUCAGAUUUGAGUGCCAGAACAUUCUGGACAGAGACUUCAGAAAGAUUCGCUCCAUUAAGGUGGAGAACGGCCCCUGGGUGGGGUACGAGUAUCCUGAGUUCCAGGGCCAGCAGUUUAUCCUGGAGAAAGGAGACUAUCCCUGUUACCAGGCCUGGAGUGGCAACAGCAGUUACAGAACAGAGCACAUGCUCUCUUUCAGACCUAUUAAAUGUGCUAACCACAGUGACAGUAAGAUUACCCUCUAUGAGUGUGAAGACUUCAUGGGACGCAAAUUUGAGAUGUGUGAGGAUUAUCCCUCCCUUCAAGCCAUGGGUUGGUGUAGCAAGGAAGUCCCCUCAAUCAAAAUCAACUCUGGAGCCUGGGUAGGCUAUCAGUUUCCCGGUUACCGUGGAUAUCAGUACAUCUUUGAGAGGGACAGACACCAAGGAGAGUACAGAUGCUACAAUGAGUACGGCACCCAGGCACACACCAAUCAGAUCCAGUCUAUGCGCAGAAUUCAGCAAUAAGACCCAGCACCACUGUGUUCACCAUGUCAUGACAUGUCAAUACUAUAGGCAAUAAAGACAUUAUAUAAACUAUAGUAAAAGA